ACCGCGCGCAACGCACGUAUCGGUUACUUGGUCCGCUCCGCUGUCGUCGCCGUGCGUGUGAUCUCCAUACUGUAUCCGAGAAGUUUUAAUUAAAUUGUCUGCAUCUAUUUUUUCGCCCCCUACGCCACCCCCCCUUUCCCACCCCGACCUCGCCGGUGUGUACUCACGCGGUUCAUAUACCCGACGCGGCCUUUGGUUCGGGCAAUUUUUCAGUUUUUCGUCCGCGAGUGCGCUUUUGUCUCGGUUCGUUCGUUUAUAUUUUUUGUAUUUGUGUGUGUGUGCUAUCAAAAAUCGGUGGAACAUUUUGUACAAAUAUUGUUUUUUUUUAAUUUUUAACCCUACGACUUUUGUAGUGCGUCUCCGACGAAAACGAGGAAUUUUCACAUAGUGCAAAACACUUACGGUCACGGUACGAUUCGAAAAUAAUGAACACUCGAAUCAAACGCAAUGUUGUACAUUUGACGUGACCGUUUUGAAGAGUAUUACAGACAAACCAGUCAGAAGUCUCCAUUUUGAGACUAGCGCUUGGGAAUCGGUUCGGUAAAACAAAAUAGCAAAACCACACUGCAGUCACGAUGAUUCAGCGGCCCGUUUUCUGCCGUCAGUGCUACAACAUGAUGUUCGUCAUCUGUGUAAUCACAAUCGUCAUUUCAGACAUUGCAGAUGGUCUGCUAAGCAAAUCCAGUAAACAUCAAAACACUUUGGGCGAAUUUUCGGGAAAACCCAAUCUUCCUUACUUCGACAAGGCGGCUUCUAAAAAUGUGACAGCUCCUUUAGGCAAAACAGCUUACCUCAACUGCAGGGUCAAAAAUCUAGCCAACAGAACGGUCUCCUGGGUUAGACACAGGGACAUCCACCUGCUGACCGUCGGCAGGUACACGUACACCGGUGACCAGCGGUUCCGGUCGAUUAAUCAACCGCCCAGCGAAGACUGGACCCUGCAAAUCAAAUACCCACAGAUCAGAGACUCCGGAAUAUACGAAUGCCAAAUAUCCACCACACCCCACAUCAGCCAGUACAUUCAUCUGCAAGUGGUCGAACCCCGAACGGACAUAAUAGGAGGUCCUGAAAUUUUCAUCGAUCGAGGAAGCACAAUCAACUUGACGUGUGUUGUUUUACAUAGCCCGGAGCCACCGUCUUACAUAUUCUGGAAUCAUAAUAAUGCUAUAAUCAGCUACGAUUCGCCGAGAGGUGGAGUCAAUGUGGUGACCGAAAAGGGAGCGGUCACGACCAGCCACCUUCUCAUCCAGGAAGCUCGUGUCGAGGACAACGGCCGGUAUCAAUGCAAUCCGUCCAACUCGCAACCGAAAUCCAUUAACGUGCACGUGUUGAACGGUGAAUACCCGGCGGCUAUGCAACACGGCGGACAAGCCCACCAGCGGACUACUCAUAUGUACUGCCUGAUAUUUUUCGCUUGCAUGCUUUUACACGUUUAAUCUAAUGGUAUUAUGUUAUUAUUUUUGAUUCAAUGUUGUUUUGACCACGUUUACGAUUGUCCGUUUUUUUUUCGAGAGGGUUUUCUCCUAUUUCUAUCGGCGAUCAACGAAACUGUUGUAAUUCGCAAUCCGUUUUUUCUAACACAAGGCACGUCGAUUUAAAAUGUACUGUGUUAGUAAUACCAAUGUCCUCAAAACAAAAUAAACAAAAACUACAAACCUGUGUACAUAAUAACAUAAAAUAAUGGUGUGACAUACGGUAAUUAUCCAUUUAACAUAAGACUCUCGUUUUCUCUGAAGUUAACUAUGUUUUUGUAGUUCUUCUUAUAUUAUUUUAUAGUAUUAUUAAUAAAAUAUUAAUCGGUAAAUUCUAGAGUUGCAUAAACUAAUGCAACCAAAAUGGCAACUUAAAAUGUUAAAUAAUGUUAAUAUUAAAUAAAUACGUUAUCGUUAAAGUUUUGAAAUUUGAUAGAGCUCUGAAAAAUACCAAAAAAUGUGAAUCUUUAGUUAUUUUAUAAGUAUUAUAAAAUAACAUAAUCAAAUAUUUUUUGCAAAGAAAAAUGAAUAAAUUUAAUUAUUUCAAUAUUGAGUGUCUUGCGUUAAACGGAUCAUCCUGUAUAUAAUAUAAUAUAGUACUAAAAUUAUUAUCGGAAAGCGAGUUGAGUAUAAAAUGUAUACACUAUUUUAAACAGUAUCGAAAUGAUGAACGGCAUUCGGAGAUGACCGAUUCAAUGUAAUUUACUAAACUCAUCUUACAUUUUUUUUUCAUCUUCUCCUGUCAUUGUUGUGAUGAUAGAUUGAGAAUUAUAAUUUUGAUAUUUAAUCAACGGGUACAUAAUAUUUAAAUACCUUCAAAUGUUUGAAAAAUUCAUAAAUAUAAGAAUAUGCCGUUUGUUACAGAAGGAAAUAUUUAUUACGGAUAAUGUAAUACUUGUAAAUAAAUAAUUAAAUAUAACAUUUUAAUGAAUAGCUAGCAAGUACUACUUUAGAUGUUCCGUAAAAGGAAAAAAUAAUAAUUUUCCUCCGUUUUAAAUGUGUAAAUAUAAUUUGUAAUAAAAUAUUAUGUUAUGAAUAAAACGUGACAAAUAAAAAACAUUUUACCGGUAUUUCAAUACCCAUUAUGAACAGCCAAUAAAUUAUUUAUAUUUUUCUUUUGCAAAUAUUUCACUCUCCGCAGAAAUAAUAUAAAUUUAAUAAUAAUUCUCAUAAGAAUAACUGUCACAAUAUGUUUAACACUUUCGGAAUAAUAAUUAUACAUCGUGUUUUUGCAGGAAAUCAAUAUCAAAAAACACAUAUGUUUCAGUAGUACUUCCUUUACGUUAUUAAUUUAAUAAUCAUCAAAUAUUAUACUUAAAACAUUUUUUUACCCAUUCUGUCAAACAAAAUAUAUUUAUGUUGGCAAUGUUAAUAUCCUGAAACAGAGUCGUUCGUCAUUUUUUUUAAACAUAAUUUUCCUCUUAAUAUAAGUUAACCUUUAUUAUUGAAAAAAAAUUUGUAUUAAUAUUAAUCAAAAGUAAAUUUGGUUUACGUGCCGAAAAUAGAUUCGUUAUACUAGGUAUACCUAUCUGUGUUAUCUUCCCAUUUUGUUGUGAUAAUGCCACUGAUAUACAUAAGACGAUAGAACCUGAUAUCUUAUAAAACGCGCAAACAAUACUUUUUAAGUGUACCCUUCCAAUUGACAGCUUUGGAUUUAUUUGAUGGACAAAAAAUUUUUCCGAAAAAAAUUCUAUUAACACUUAUGCAUUUAAUUUAUCAUAUUAUAUACAAAUAAUAAAAAAAAACAUUAAUUUUUAAACGAAUAACCCUAAUGUUGAGUGGGAUAUAGAUGACAAAUAUUAGAGCGUUUUAAUCAAUUCGUUUAUGUAUUUACGAAAACAAUAAUGCAUUACCUUCAUCAAAUACCGUUAAAAAAACCGUCAUGGUUUAGACGGGUGAUUUUUAUAAUCUGAUAUGUGUAUAACUAAAAUAAAAUAAUCAAAAGUAAUAUAUUAUUCGUAGUAUUAGUUUUAGGAUAAUUUUAAAAUAUAUUCAUAAAUUAUUGUAAAAUCGCAAACCCAUAUAAUAUAAUACCUGUAAAUAGUUAUAUAUUUUACAUAAUACAGCAAACUAAAUUCAAUAAAGUAUACAAGAGAAAGUGAUAUUAUCAAUAAUAUUGACAGUUAACGAUAUUCCAAACACAAAUAUUGGAAAAUAAUCAUCCGGAUCCGUUUAUUUAGAUUUCAUUAACUAAAUACAUAUUAAAUUAUUUCACGUUAAAUAUAUUCCAUAAGUUGUAAACAUAUAAAAACAACCCAUAAAAUGUGUUGAUUAAUGUAAAAAACAUUAAUGUGUUAUGUGUUAUGAACUACCAAUUUAACUGUAUGGCAAAUGUGUAUAUCAUUUGCCCACAGUUAUAUAAAUAUUAUACAUAUAUGUACAUUUCUUUUUUGUAAUUAAACAAUUGUACAUAGUGAAAUUAUUGUCAUACGCUAAUAAAUUUGCCUAACCAAAACCUAAUGUUGUAUUUUUA